ACUUUCACACAGGAAAAUCCUUUUCACAUUUUCCUUAUUCAGAAAAGUCUUCUCAGCUCCCAGGAAUAAAAAGGGAAAAGAAAAAUAUUAACAGUCAAAAUAGAAGAAAUUAUCUCAUCUCAGCUUUCGUGUAUCCUUUGCUUAUCUCCAAAAUCAAACAAUAAAUUCAAAUAAUUCAAAUCCAUCAAUCUUUUCGUCUUCUCAUGGCGGAUCAAGCCUCGUAUAGUUUGGCUCCCAGAUUAGAUAUUGACCAUAUAUUACUGGAAGCCCAGCAUAGAUGGUUGCGACCUGCUGAGAUCUGUGAAAUUCUUCGUAAUUAUCAAAAGUUUCAUAUUUCAUCAGAGCCUCCUACCGGACCCCCAAGUGGUUCACUUUUUCUUUUUGAUCGGAAGGUUUUAAGAUACUUUAGGAAGGAUGGGCAUAAUUGGAGGAAGAAGAAGGAUGGAAAGACUGUGAAGGAAGCUCAUGAGAAGCUGAAGGUUGGAAGCAUUGAUGUGUUGCACUGCUACUACGCCCAUGGAGAAGAGAAUGAAAACUUUCAAAGGCGCAGCUAUUGGAUGCUUGAACAGGAUUUGACGCAUAUAGUUUUUGUGCACUACUUGGAAGUCAAGGGUAGGACAAUUGGAGGCAUAAGUCAUGUAUCAAAUUCACAAACAAGCAGUCCUUCAACUUCUAGCUACCCUGAUAGUCAUACGAAAGCACCUUCUGGAAAUGCGGAUUCGGCAAGCCCUACCAGCACUUUAACAUCCUUAUGUGAAGAUGCUGAUUCUGAAGAUAGUCACCAAGCAAGUUCUAGAUUCUGUACAUUGCCCCAACAAGGAAAUGCUUCUGUGAUGGACAAGAUAGAUUCUGGUUUCUUGAACCAUUUUUCUCCGCAUCAGUAUCCAGAUCAUAAAGGUUGGUCGUCAAUUCCUGGAGUAAAUGAAGUUUCACAUCUUCAUGGAGAUAGACCUAGGGAUAUUGAUUAUGGAACUUGCAUGACUGAAGCUCGAAAAACACCUGAUUUGCCAUCUUGGGAACAAGACUUGGGGCAAUAUUUGCCUGUAUGUGCUGCUGCAUCUUCUCAUACUUCAGCGACUUCCACUCAACCUGAUACUAUGAGUAUCAGCCUGCAACAACAAAACAUGAUGAAAGGAAAGUUAUUAACUGUCAAGAGUGCUAGCGCAGAGUUUGGGAAUCCUCUGUCAACAGAAUCAAAUUGGCAGAUUCCUUCAGCUGACAAUGCAUUGGAGUUGCCCAAAUGGUUGAUGGAUUCAUCAUCAAAUUUCGAAUUGCCAUAUGAUACUAGGUUUUUUGAGCAAAAGACUCAUGAUUUUCAGUUACCGAAUGCUCUUGAGGAAAUUACUAGUCAUGAUGUUCUAAAAGAUGAUGAUUCUGAUUCUGUCACGAAAACAUAUCCUGAGAAUGAUAUAUAUUUGGACGGAAACGUCAACUAUGCUUUCUCUCUGAAAAAAUCAUUACUUAAUGGAGAAGAAAACUUGAAGAAAGUUGACAGUUUUUCACGAUGGAUUACUAAAGAACUUGGAGAAGUAGAUGAUCUGCAGAUGCAGUCCUCAUCUGGUCUUGCCUGGAGCACUGUUGAGUGUGGAAAUGUAUCGGAUGAUGCCUCUUUGAGCCCCUCUCUCUCCCAAGACCAACUUUUCAGCAUAGUUGAUUUUUCACCAAAGUGGGCUUACAUAGACCUAGAAACUGAGGUGUUGAUAAUUGGAACAUUUUUGAAGAGUCAAGAGGAAGUAGCAAAAUAUAACUGGUCAUGCAUGUUUGGUGAAGUGGAGGUUCCGGCUGAGGUUAUUGCUGAUGGCAUUCUUUCCUGUUAUGCUCCACCUCACAAUGUUGGGCAAGUCCCAUUUUAUGUCACAUGUUCCAACAGGGUAGCUUGUAGUGAAGUCCGAGAAUUUGACUAUCGAGCUGGGGUCACUAAAGACAUAAAUGUUUUUGAUAUAUAUGGUCUUACUUCAAGAGAAAUGCUGCUGCGACUUAAAACACUACUUUCUCUGAAAUCUUUCAGUCCUUGUAAUCAUCAUUGUCAAGGUGUUGUGGAGAAACGAGAAUUAAUUGCUAAAAUUAUAUCAAUGAAAGAGGAAGAGGAAUGUCACCAGUUUGUAGACCCCUCAUCUGACCAGGAUUUGUCUGAAUAUGAAGAAAAGGAGCGCCUACUUCAGAGAUUGAUGAAAGAGAAGCUAUACUCAUGGCUUCUUCACAAAAUAGUGGAAGAUGGUAAAGGGCCGAAUAUAGUAGAUGAGAAGGGGCAAGGUGUGCUACACUUAGCAGCUGCACUUGGUUAUGAUUGGGCAAUAAAUCCUACUGUUUCUGCUGGAGUGAGCAUAAACUUUCGUGAUGUGAAUGGAUGGACUGCACUUCACUGGGCUGCUUUUUGUGGCAGAGAGCGAACCGUUGCAAUUCUAGUCUCUGUGGGAGCAGCUCCUGGAGCUCUUACAGACCCAUCUCCAGAAUUUCCUUUGGGCAGAACUCCUGCUGACUUGGCUUCUGCUAAUGGACACAAAGGAAUCUCUGGUUUCCUUGCAGAAUCUUCCUUGACCAGUUACCUUUCUUCACUCACGAUGGAUGAUCAGAAGGAAGCUGUACAAACAGUUUCUGAUCGAAUAGCAACUUCUGUCAAUUAUAGUGAUGCGCAAGACAUACUGUCACUGAAGGACUCAAUUACUGCUGUAUGUAAUGCUACACAAGCUGCUGAUCGAAUACAUCAAAUGUUCAGGAUGCAAUCCUUCCAGCGGAAACAGUUGAGAGAGUCCAGUGAUGGUGUGUCUGGCGAACAUGUUAUUUCACUUCUAACUACUAAGACACGCAGGCCAUUUCAAAGUGACGGGGUAGCCCAUGCUGCUGCAACACAAAUCCAGAAAAAAUUUCGUGGUUGGAAGAAAAGAAAAGAAUUCUUAUUGAUCCGGAAAAGAAUUGUAAAAAUUCAGGCCCAUGUCAGAGGACACCAGGUGCGGAAACAGUAUAAAACUUUUGUCUGGUCGGUGGGAAUUCUGGAGAAAGUUAUUUUACGGUGGAGACGUAAAGGGAGUGGUUUGCGAGGAUUUCGUCGGGAUGCAAUUAUCAAACCUGACCCACAGUGCACACUUCCAGAAGAGGACGAAUAUGAUUUUCUCAAGGAGGGAAGAAAACAAACUGAAGAAAGGUUUCAGAAGGCACUUACUAGGGUAAAGUCCAUGGCUCAGAAUCCUGAAGGACGAGGUCAAUAUCGUAGAUUGCUGACAUUGGUUCAAGGGAUUCAAGAAAAUAAGGCUUGCAACAUGGUUUUAAACAGUACAGAAGAAGUGGCUGUUGCUGAUGAAGACUUUCUCGACGUCGACUCUCUUUUGGAUGAUGACACUUUCAUGUCUAUUGCAUUUGAAUAACCUGGCUGGAUGUCGAACGUUGUACAUAGACAGGUGUUUAACUUCAUUCUGUCUGUAAAUACAAUAUAUCUAACACUUUUAGGUUCUAAUGUACUCAGCACUAUCUCCUUGUUUCUAGGUAGCGUAAAAGAGCAGCCCAUUUCUAUUAUUCAGGUUAAUAUAUAGUUUUAAUAUCAUAAAUUCUCAGUUCAAGGGGUAGAGUAGUAUUUAUUGGUUGCGAGUAUUUUGUAAAAUCUGUUGAGAGGAAUGAUGGGCUUUGCUUUGUUAAUGGGGUUGGCUAAUUAUCGUGGAGUUCUGGUAUUUCAUGUAAUACGGACAUAUACUGAUUCCUUGUGUGUUUUA